AUGGGGGUCAUUCGUGGAUUACUUGGUGCCUUCAUCAUUUCAUCUGUCCUUCUCUUUAGUCAUGGCAGAAAAAUUGUUUGCACACAGGAGGCCAUGGCUGACAUCCUGUUUUUAGUUGAUGGCUCUGCUAGCAUUGGCCUGAAGAACUUCCAACAGAUCCGUGAAUUUCUGGCCUCCCUGGUGUCCACCUUUGACAUCGGCCCUAACAAAGUAAGGGUGGGCAUGGUGCAGUUUAGCGACACGCCACGUACCGAGUUCUUCCUCAACACGUAUGAAGAAAAGCAGGAGAUUCUUGAUUACAUCAAGAAAUUGCCCUAUAAAACCGGCGGCACCAAUACAGGUUUGGGUUUGCAGUUCCUGCUGAACAACCAUUUUGUUGAGCAGGCUGGAAGUCGAGCAAACCAAAGAGUGCCUCAGAUCGCCAUCGUGAUCACGGAUGGAAAUUCUCAGGAUGAGGUUGAGCCGUACGCCCAGGAACUGCGGCAGAAGGGAAUCAGACUGUAUGCCAUCGGAAUCAAAGAUGCAGAUGAAACUCUGCUAAGGAAGAUUGCUAGUCAGCCGUAUAACCACCACGUGUACAGCGUGUCCGACUUUAAUGCUCUGCAAGGAAUCUCGCAGAAUGUCAUUAGGGAGUUGUGCACCACUGUGGAAGAGGGAAGGGGAGAGCAACAAGUGUAUGUUCCUUUCCUAGAAUGCAGUGAGAUUUCCUCAGCAGACAUCGUAUUCCUCGUGGAUUCGUCUGACAACACCAGAGAUGCCAAGAUUCCACAAAUCCACAGAUUCCUCCAUGCUUUUGUAGAAGGACUUGACACUCAGCCAGACAGGGUGCGAAUUGGCCUCACCCAAUUCAGCAGUGAACCAUACCAGGAAUUCAAGAUUGGUGACUAUAAAGACAAGGUAGAUCUUUUAAGGAAACUAGACAGCAUCACAUACCACCCAGGCACUGCGAACACUGGGGCAGCUCUGGAUUUCAUUAGGACAAAUUACUUUACCAGGGUGAGAAAAAAUGUCCCCCAAAUUGCCAUCGUGAUCACGGAUGGAGAGUCAAAUGAUGACGUAGAAUUGCCAGCUCAAGAACUUCGGAAGCUGGGAGUCAUUGUCUUUGUGAUAAAGACUGGAGCGGGUGAUGUUGGACAACUCCAAGCUAUUGCUAACAGUCCGCCAGAAGAAUUCUUGAUUAGGAUGAACAGAUUCCCAGUUCUUCAAGAGCUGAUUGAGAACAUGCUCAGAAAAGUCUGCAUUGCUGUUGAUGACCAAGUGCGAGCCUUUUCCCAGAAGUUCGCAGAUAUAUUUUUCCUGGUUGAUAGUAACGCACCAAAAGUAGAGUUCCAGCAAAUUCGAAGCUUCUUGAUGAGACUGAUCAACCAACUCAACGUAGGAAAGAAUGCUAACCGCAUUGGUUUGGCACAGUUUAGCGAAAACGUUAUUGAGGAAUUUCUCCUCAAUACUAACAAAACUAAAAGUGAGAUCCACGCUUUCAUCCGGACUAUGAAAUCUAAGCCAAGGGGAGCACGUAGAACUGGAAACGCGAUUGAAUACGCACGCAGGAACUUUUUCAAUACCUCAACUGGUAGUCGCAUUGCUCAGGGCUUUAAACAAGUCCUUCUGGUGGCGACUGCUGCGAAAUCUGAUGACAGCGUUCUCUGGCCAUCACACAUGACAAAAAAUGAGGGAGUCAGCAUGAUAUCUGUUGGCUUUGGUGGAGCUGAGGUGGAUGAGCUGCAGGACAUUGCUAGUCCCAAUCAGAACUACAAGAUGGCACCUCAAACCGUGGCGCAGGUCAAGAUUGUGAUUGAAUCACAAGAACCAGCAAUCAUCUCUAAAGAGUGUGAAUCUGCAGACAUAGCAGACGUUGUCUUUAUUGUCGAUGAAUCUGGCAACAUGGGACCUGAAAACUUCCAGCUUGUACGCAACUUUCUCUUCAACACCAUUUCCAGCCUCAAUGUGGGCAUGGACAAAGUGAGGAUAGCCAUCGUUGAGUACAGCGAUAUCCCCAGGGCCGAUGUCUACCUGAAUAGUUUCGGCAACAAGAGCGGAAUUUUGCAGUAUGUCAAAAGACUGUCCUAUGGCAGAGGGAAAACCUACACUGGGGCUGCUCUCAAAUUUGCCAAGGAGCAGGUUUUCACCAAACAACGAGGCAGUCGGAUUGACGAGCACGUUCAUCAAAUAGCAGUGGUCAUCACGGACGGGAGCUCUGCGGAUGACGUGAGCGGGCCGGCAGCUGAUCUGCGUCGAUCAGGGGUCACUGUGUUUGCUCUGGGCAUUAAAAAUGUCAACAUGGAGGAGUUGAAGGAGAUUGCCUCCUACCCACAAAAAAAGUUUGUCUUCAGUGUUGAGAGUUUCAUUAAACUCAAUGCGCUGUCGAAUAUGCUGACAAAAAGCAUGUGUGCGGACAUCACAAGCGCCGAUGUUAUACCCAUUAUAUACCCAAGUUAUACUCUUCAGAAAGGCUGCAAAUUCACCGCUGAAGCUGACAUCUACUUCCUCCUGGAUGAAUCAGGCAGCAUUUCCAGCAAUGACAUGACAGACUUUAUUUUAGAGUUCCUUCACAUGCUCGAGAUUGGACCAGAUAAGGUGCGUAUCGGUGUGGUCAAAUCCGCAAGCAGUGCGACUGUCGUCUUCUACCUGAACACUUACGACUCCAAGGCAGCAGUGGAACAUGCAGUGAAAAGCCUGCAAAUGGAAGGUUCCGGCACCAGGACUGAUCUCGGUCUGGAAGCAAUGAUUCCACUCUUUGAGGGGGCAUCACAGACGCGCAAGGGAAUGGUUCGCAAAUUGCUUAUUGUUAUCACAGAUGGUAAAUCUGAAGCGGAAGGCAAACCAGUAAGAGUUUCAGCUGAAGAACUGAGGAAGCAGAACGUCACAAUCUAUGCUGUAGGAGUAAAAGCUGCAGACAGAGUAGAGCUGGAGGAAGUCUCUGGAAGCCCUGAAAGGACUUUUUAUGUAGAAAACUAUGACUUUCUUAAAAAUAUUAAAAUGGAUAUUCUUAAAGACAUUUGUUCAUUUGAAGCUUGCAAUGAUCUCUCAGCGGACGUUGUCUUUUUGAUUGACGGGACAGACGCUGUCAGUGGUGCAGAUUUUGGAAAGACAAAGGAGCUAAUAGAAUUUGCUGUUAAAAAACUUCCCAUUAAAGAAGACCAAGUCCGACUAGCCGUGGUUCAGUUUGGCACUGACAUAAAGGUUGAAUUUGGGUUAAAUUCCCUUUAUGAUAAAGACAGAAUGCAAAAGAAAAUAGAAGCCAUUGAUCAGAUGAAAGGAGAGACAUCCACGGGUGCUGCACUUAACAAAGUCAGACAGGUUUUUGAGGAGUCCAGCGGUGGACGUAUCAAUACAUUGCAGGUCCUUGUAGUUGUUACAAAUAGCAUUUCCAAGGAUGAUGUAACUCUGCCUGCUAAAGCUCUUAGAGAAAGGAACAUCGACAUAUAUGCCAUUGGUUUUGAACAUGCAAAUAAAACUCAGCUUACUGAUAUUUCUGGAUCUGUUGAAAGGGUCUGUCUAGAACAGGACUAUUCAGACAUCCCUACCUUGGGUGGUAAGGUCAUCUUCCAGAUUUGCAAUACUGGGUGCAAGAGUCCGAAACUCCUUGAUGUGAUCUUUGUGGUGGAUGGUUCUGGAAGCAUUGUCAAACAACAUUUUCAGAUGAUGAAGCGGUUCAUGGAAACAGUUGUGAAGAAGGCAGAGGUUGGCGAGAAAAGGGUUCGAUUUGGGGUCAUCAAUUACUCUGACCGAGCCCGAUCGGAAUUCCAGCUAAAGCAGUACUUUAGCCAGGCUAAGGUUCGCGAAGCCAUCUCAGAGGUACAUGCCCUUGGAGGGAUACGAAAUACAGUCCAGGCUUUAGAAUAUUCACUCUCAUAUUUUAAAGAAACGCAUGGAGGACGGCGGGCGAAGCACGUUCCUCAGGUGCUUUGCUUAAUAACAGAUGGUCCAGCUGCUGACUUUGCUGGAAUCACAAGAUGGCACACAGAACUUAAAGAUUCUGAAGUUAACAUGUUUGCUGUUGGGUUGGGGGAAGCCAGUAAGGCUGAGCUCACAGAGAUUACGCAAAAUGACCAGAGAGUUUUCCAUGUGGACACCUACGAGGCUUUUCAGAUGCUCUAUAAACCUAUCACUCAACAACUCUGCAAACUGACCAAGCCAGACUGUGAAAAGGAGGUUGGAGAUCUGGUGUUUUUGAUUGAUGGGUCUGACUCAAUUACCAAAGAUAAUUGGAACGAUAUGAAGAUCUCUUUAGCCAACUUUGUUAAAAAACUUGAAAUUGCACCUGACAGGUGGCGGGUUGGUUUGACUCAGUUCAGCUCUGACACACUGGAUCACUUUUACAUGAACAACUAUACCAACGCUGAAGAAAUGAUACAAGCCAUCAACAAUAUUACCCCAAUGAAUCUGGGAACAAACACUUGGACUGCGCUCAGAGAAGUAGAAAAACAGUUUACACCUGAGCAUGGAAGCAGGUGGGAGGAAGGAGUUCCACAGAACUUGAUUCUAAUCACUGACGGCGAUGCCAAUGACCCCAAGGACCUAAAUGCUUUAGUUACACUCCAAGCUAGAAACGUUGAGAUUUUUGGUAUAUUGGUGAUGAGACGGGGGAUGAUAGAACCACCAGACAUCACCAAUAUUGUUGAAAUGGUUGGUUCCCGUGAGAGAGUGUUUACUGAAACCUUUGACACUCUAAAGUUGAACUCAACCACUGAGAGAGUUCUUGAAGCCGUUUGCACGAGUGAUUGCACGCUCGACAUUGGCAUCGGGUUCGAUGUUUCCGACAGAGCAACUUCCCAGCCUCUUUUGGGACCACAUGCAGAGUCGCUUGUCGCUGCAGCUAUUCACCGCUUAUCUAUGUUUGGAAAAGUCUGCUGUGUCAAAGAAAAAAUCAAAACUAAGUUCGGAUUCCGGCUCGUGUCUGGUGAAGAUGGAGAAGUUAUAGACGACUUUCAGUUUGAAGAGUAUAACCAGAGCAUUGUCACAAAGGUCCUGAAACUACGACCUGCAGCACCCUUAGCGUUCAAUUCCUUUCUUCUGAAAUCCUUCCAGGAAAAAUUUGCUUCCUCCAAAGCCAAAGUGAAGGUGGUUGUCAUCUUCACAGAUGGCAUUGAUGUCACCAUGGAGCAUCUUAAGCAGAGUUUAGAAAGUCUACAGCAUGGGGUGGAUGCACUGCUGCUUGUUGCUCUGAAUGGUAACAUGAACCAAUACCAGCAACUGGAGUUUGGACGAGGUCUCAGCUAUAACAGUCCCCUUUCCAUCAACAUGCCUAAUGUGGGCAAUGCACUGUUGGAACAGAUUUUAUCAGUGACUUCAAGAGAGUGCUGCAAUGUGUCUUGUUUGUGUACCGGCACUUUGGGCCCCCCAGGUCACCCUGGGCUUCCUGGACAAAAGGGUCAUCCAGGAUUGAGGGGUCAUCCCGGAUACCCUGGAGAUGCUGGAAGUCCGGGUGAACGAGGUGCACCAGGCCUGAACGGAACUCAUGGAGAUAAUGGUUGCCCUGGUAAAAGAGGUCUCAAGGGAUCGAUUGGCUACACAGGAACUCUAGGGGAAAAUGGAGAAUCUGGUCUGGAUGGCAUAGAUGGUGAACAGGGUGAAACUGGCAAAAACGGGUCAAAAGGACUGAAGGGAGAUCCAAGAAGGGCGGGUGAAAAGGGACUUCAAGGGACUUCGGGGCCAAAAGGAGACAAGGGUGUGCAAGGAGAUCCGGGGCUACGAGGACGAGACAACAAUGUACAAGGACCGAAGGGUGAGAUGGGAUAUCCAGGCCCUCCUGGGGACCAGGGCACCAACGGUAUUCCGGGUAACUCAGGGGAAAGUGGAAAGCCUGGCUUCCCUGGAAGGAAGGGUCCACCAGGUCAAUCGGGUUUGACCUCCACAGAAGAAGGAGAACCAGGAGUAGUGGGUCCUCCUGGACAUCCUGGUGUGCGGGGCCCUGCAGGAAGAGGUGCAUCUAAAGGAGAGAAAGGUGAUCAAGGACUACCUGGACUUCCGGGUCUCUAUGGUUCAGUUGGAGACAAAGGGGCCAAAGGAAAUCUAGGACGACGGGGACCUCGGGGUCCACCUGGUGACAUCGGUAUUAAAGGAGAUGAUGGACUGGAGGGUUUCAGAGGACCAUCGGGUAAUUCUGGCCCAGACGGCUUUGGACCUUUGGGACCUAUAGGACAUAAAGGAAGUCUUGGCUUUCCAGGUUAUCCUGGCUUGCCGGGUGAAGAUGGCACUAAAGGAUCGAGUGGAGGCAAAGGUCACAAAGGGUACCGGGGACAGCCGGGGGACAGGGGAUCACGUGGAUUACCUGGGGAACCUGGAGACACAGGGAACAUUGGACACAAGGGUCCUAAAGGGCCACCAGGGCCAACCACAAAGACUGAAUGCGAGCUAGUCAACCAUAUCCGUGAAACCUGUGUUUGCUGCGAAGGUCAGAGCAAGUGUCCAGGAUACCCAACAGAGCUGGUGGUUGCUCUGGACAUGUCAGCUGAUGUAACUCCACCAGUGUUUGAGAGGAUACGUUCUGCAGCCGUCUCGCUUUUAGAAAGCAUCGAUAUCGCUGAGACUAACUGUCCGUUCGGCGCUCGGGUUUCCGUCGUCUCCUACAACAGCGAGACCACCUAUCUGAUCCGCUUCACUGAUCACCGUAAGAAGAGUCAGCUCCUCGAGGCUGUCAAGGGAAUCCCCCUCCUGAGGAGCAGGAACAGGCGCAACAUAGGCCAGGCAAUGCGCUAUGUUGCUCAGAAUACGUUCAAGCGAGUUCGGGAUAGCAAACUGAUCAGGAAGGUGGCGGUCUUCCUGACAAACGGGCCAUCUCAGGAUUUCUCGGCCAUCAACACAGCCAUCCUGGAGCUCAAGGCUUCAGAUAUUCAUCUGGGAGUCAUUGCUUUUAAUGAUGCUCCAGAAAUCCGUCGUGCCUUUGAGGCUGAUGAAACUAGAAGCUUUAAGAUCGUUGAUCCAGAGAGAGCCAGUUGGAUUAAAGAAUGUGUCAUCUGUUUUGAUCAUUGUAACCCUGACAGGACGUGUGGCAUAAUCCCAAAUCCUGAACCUGAGAUUGUAGACGUGGACCUAAUUGUAAUGAUGGACGCUUCUUGGGACCUUCAGGCCAAUCAGUACUCCGGAACCAAGGAGCUCUUGCAGUCUCUUCUGGACAUUGUAGAAAUAAGCCGUGAACCCAACCGAGAGGAUGGAAAAGCCAGAAUUGGAGUCUACCAGCAGAGCUCGGUGUACCCCAAUUUCCACAUCAAGGACAUCAUUGGGCUUGGUACAUUUAAUAACCGUGAAGAAAUGAAGAUUGUAAUCUCUGAAAGAAUGCAGCAAGCUGGCGGUUUUUCCCGCCUUGAUUCUGCAUUGGAGUGGAUGGUAAACAACGUUCUGCUGGAACAAGACGUACGGAGGAAGAAGCAGGUGGUGAUGAACAUUCUGAGUGAGGAGUCAGCGAGGUACAUUGACAAAAGAGAGCUGGACUAUGUCUCCGAACUGUGCCAGUGUAAUGAUGUAGUGAUGUUCACACUGACUGUGGGAGACAAACUUAUGUGGGAGCAGACAGAAAGAUUGACAACCUCACCAGUAGAGCAACAUCUUGUCCAUCUGGGACAACUGGGCCUGAGAGACCUGCGGUAUGCACAGAAGUUUAUCCGAGCCUUCCUACGAAUGCUUACAAGAGAUUUCUUCCCUAAACCCUCAUCUCAAAUCAAUGCGUGCCGAAUUUUUGCACCAAGACCGUUUCCAAAGAAUCCAAUUCUUCUUCCACCAGGAUUUGACCAACCACCAGUUUUUCCAACAGAAGGGGUUCCGUUCCCCACAGAGCCCACGACUGAAGCCUAUCAAGAACCAGAAGAAUUUACAUCAGCGCCCACUGAAGCGUUUACAGAUGUUUAUAUAUACAGAUUUACAGAAUAUCCUGAUGGGUAUCUGGAAUUCAAUGCAGAUGCUAACCCGACUGAAACAUAUAUAGAAUUAUACACAGAUGAUUUGAGUAACGUUUAUGAGAAUACGUAUAGGGAUGAACCUCGGAACGAAGACACAGAACUGAAGAUCAAGAAAUUGGAGAAGAGUAAGUCAGGGGCAACUGAAAAGAAGGACAGCCAGUCAGAGACCACUGAGAAGAAGGACAGCCAGUCAGAGACCACUGAGAAGAAGGACAGCCAGUCAGAGACCACUGAAAAGAAGGACAGCCAGUUAGAGACCACUGAGAAGAAGCACAGCCAGUCAGAGGUCACUGAGAAGAAGGACAGCCAGUCAGAGACCACUGAGAAGAAGGACAGCCAGUCAGAGGUCACUAAGAAGAAGCACAGCCAGUUAGAGACCACUGAGAAGGACAGCCAGUCAGAGACCACUGAGAAGAAGGACAGCCAGUCAGAGGUCACUAAGAAGAAGGACAGCCAGUUAGAGACCACUGAGAAGAAGGACAGUCAGAUAGAGACCACUGAGAAGGACAGCCAGUCAGAGACCACUGAGAAGAAGGACAGCCAGUCAGAAGCCACUAAGAAGAAGGACAGCCAGUCAGUGACCACUGAGAAGAAGGACAGCCAGUCAGAGACCACUGAGAAGAAGGACAGCCAGUCAGAAGCCACCGAGAAGAAGGACAGCCAGUCAGAGGCCACUGAGAAGAAGGACAGCCAGUCAGAGACCACUGAGAAGAAGGACAGCCAGUCAGAAGCCACCGAGAAGAAGGACAGCCAGUCAGAGGCCACUGAGAAGAAGGACAGCCAGUUAGAGACCACUGAGAAGAAGGACAAAGAGGAUCCUGGGCAACAAAGUGAAGCAGAUCAAGCUAAAGUGAAGUGUUUACUGGAUAGGGACAUGGGAACUGUGUGUUCCGCGUACAAGGCCCGGUGGUAUUUUGACCGAAACACCAAGAAAUGCACACACUUCUGGUAUGGUGGCUGUGGUGGAAACAACAAUCGUUUCCUUUCAGAAGCUGAGUGCUUUGAGACAUGUGGAUGGCUUGAAACGGAUCCUGUACUACAGGACGACCCAAAUAAACCCAAGGAUAUCUGCCGGCUCGCUCAGGACUUAGGGACCUGCUAUAAUUUCAUGUUGAAGUGGUACUACAAUGCGACCACGCAGGAGUGCACCCUCUUCUGGUACGGAGGAUGUAAGGGCAACGAGAACAGAUUUGAUACUCAGGAGGAGUGUGAGGCUCGCUGUCGGAGAGCCCCGUACAAACGCAGGAAGAUUAAAAGCGCACGUCGAAAACAUUAAACAUUAAUUGGUAAUGCCAAAUUGAUGUUGUCAUUGAUGAGUUGAUCACAGAACGGUUACAUCACUGAAAUUACAGGACAAAGCAGGAUAGUCGACGUUGUUGUUUUGUUUAAUGUUAAAGCUGCAGUACUUAUGCUUUCAGGAUUUAGCGCCCUCUCUGGUGGAAAUAUGGAAAUAUACUACAAAUGUAUAAGAAAGUGUUACAUACUGCCACAUUCAUAAAGGUGCAUAUGAUCAGUGACUUAUUACAAAUACCAAAAACAAUCUAAAUUUUCACUUCAUAUUGCAAAAGCAAAAACUGACAACUUGAUUUUUGAAUCAAGAAAAAGUGUUCUUCCCUGUUGUUGAU